AUGUGUAUAAAUGCAUUUAGUGUUCAAAAUUUGUUUUCAGCUGUAGCUAGGGAACGUUGUUUGGCUAAGUUUAAAAAAUUUAGGAUACAACAAACCAAUAAAAAAGCAACAGAACCAUCUACUUCCGCUGCUAUUUUGAUUCCACUGUGUAUCGUAAAUGAUAUUCCAAGUCUUUUGUACACCGUGCGAGCUGUUAACUUAAAGACAGACAGUGGACAUAUAUCCUUUCCUGGCGGGAAAACUGAUAAAGGAGAAUCUCCAGUAGAAACUGCAUUACGUGAGACCAGAGAAGAAAUAGGGUUAUCACCUGAAAAAGUCGAUAUAUGGGGCAGUGGGAAUACUUUUCCAGGUAGAAACAACAAAAUCAGUGUCACCCCUGUUAUAGGCUCUAUAAAGAAUUUGACGGAACAAGAUCUUAGUCUGAACAAAAAAGAAGUUGCUGAAACAUUUGCAGUUCCGUUACAAACUUUCUGCGAUCCGAAUAAUCAAUUUUAUACACAGUUCAAGAAUGGAUACAUACUCCCAGUGUUUGUUGUGAAUAAAUAUCAAAUUUGGGGACUGACUGCAUAUGUUACUCAUGUGUUUUUAAGUUGUCUUCUAUCAAAAGAUUUAUAUAGAAAUGAAUGGAUGGCUAAAAAGAUAUUUAUAGAUCAUCAUAGUAAUUUACACUAA